AUGACUGAGACCGUCAAUGUUAUUGGUGCUGGACUAGUUGGGUGUCUCACUGCAAUUGCCCUUGCCAAGAGAAAUUUUGAAGUGGUUCUUUUCGAUUACCGUUUGGAUCCAAGACUAAAGAGUACUAAUGAUAGAAACCUAAGAUCCAUAAACCUGGCUAUUUCAGCACGGGGAAUCACAUCGCUACAAUAUGUGGAUGAACAAAUUAGUCAAAAAGUGCUUAAAGAUAUGAUACCCAUGUGGGGCCGCAUGAUUCACGAUUUGGCUGGAAACCAGGAAUCCCAAAACUACGGUCUAUUUGGCGAAUGCAUCAAUUCCAUUGAUCGAUCAGUGCUUAAUAACAGUUUGUUGGACGAGCUGGACGGAUUCAGUAACAUUAGUGUGAAAUUCGGUCAUAAACUGUCUAGGAUCCAGUUUUCUUCUGCCAAACAAAACUGCAUUUUCAACACUGACGCACAGGAUCAAGUCUCGUUCGAAGCUGAUUUCGUGGUGGGAUGCGAUGGUGCUUACUCCACAACCCGUUCCCAGAUGCAGCGGGAAGUACGCAUGGACUACUCUCAAGAAUAUAUCGAUUGUUGUUACAUCGAGUUGUACAUCCCACCUGCAGAAGCUCACAACGCGGAGUUCGGUGGACCCUUCCAAAUUUCUCCAAACCAUCUCCACAUUUGGCCGCGCCACAAUUACAUGCUGAUUGCGCUGUCCAACGGCGAUGGUUCGUUCACUUCCACAUUUUUCGGGCCCUGGUCUUUGGUCGAAUCUUUGGACUCGAGAGAUAAAAUCCAGACUUUUUUGACUGACAAUUUUCCCGACGCCCUAAAGCUUAUGGGCCCUGAUACAGCAAUUGAAGCGUUCGAGCGCAAUCCUCGUGGUGCGCUCAUGUGUGUCGAAUGCAACCCCUACCAUUUGGAACAAGGUCGCGCUAUUAUCCUCGGUGACGCUGCUCACUCGAUGGUCCCGUUCUACGGACAAGGCAUGAAUUGCGGGUUUGAGGACGUCAAAGUGCUCAUGCAGCUACUUGACAAGCACGAGGGAGACCGUUCUGCGGCGUUCGAUGAGUACAGUCUCAAACGACACAAGGACCUUGUGUCCAUCAUCAAGCUCGCCAAAGACAACUACAAGGAAAUGUCACACGGAGUGACUUCUCGCCUCUACUUGAUCCGCAAAAAACUCGACACACUACUGGGAAGAUGGCUCAGAGACAAAUGGAUUCCGCUGUAUACCAUGGUAUCUUUCAAAGCAGACAUUCCAUAUCACCAGGCCAUCAUCAAAGAGCAGAGACAGAAAAAAAUUUUGACCUACAUCCAACAAGUUAUUUUCGCUGCUCUAACCGUGGGUGGAAUAUACUCCUUUACAGCAUUAAGGAGAACUCUCAAGAACUACCGUCGUUGA